AUCCAGGGAACGCAAAGGGCCCCAUGAGGAAGACCUUCAACAUCAAGGACAGUAGCAUCUGGAAGAUGUGUGUAUCUGCGGGUGAAGAAGGCUCAGGAGGCCAAGAACGCCCUGUAAACAAGGAGACUCCUGCUGACCAGGGCAACGAUAAAGGGGCAGGACACAGUGACCAUAAAGACAAGCCCCUCCCACUGAUUCAACAGCUUGUCAACAAUCUCUCGGAUGCUGUACCGCCUGCAGGAGCAGCUGCUACCAUGGCCCGCAGGGAGGAGCCCAUUUUAAAGCUGAAAGGCCAAAGUCGAGCAUGCUGGGAGAUGGAGAGGUUGGAAGAAAGCUCACCAAAUCAGUCAGUGACUAAGAGGACAAGAUCAAGUUCCACUGGCAUCAGGCCUUGCUGUGCUGGAGAGUUGGAUGCCCACAAUUUGAGAAAACCUGAGAUCUUCUGCACCCACAGCCAUGGAAGUGACAGCUUCUGCGAGAAAAGGAAGUCUCUUUCUCCACAGCUUGAGCUUCCGAGUUUAAUAGAGCAGGCCGGACCCAGACCCUCUCGCUCUCUGAGCUCGGCCAUUCUCCCCCAUGGAAACAGCGGUUCACAUGCCUUUGUCAUCUGCAGCAUCGUCUUAAUGAAGGGCCAGGGCAAGGGACUGGGCUUCAGCAUUGUCGGCGGGAGGGACAGCAGGUAUGGACCCUUGGGGAUCUACGUCAAGACCAUCUUUGCUGGUGGAGCUGCGGCCACAGAUGGUCGGCUGCAGGAAGGGGAUGAGAUCCUAGAGCUCAAUGGAGAGUCUCUGCAUGGCCUGACCCACGAGGAAGCCCUGCAGAAGUUCAAACAAAUUAAAAAGGGAAUGCUGACGCUCGUGGUGCGGACCCGGUUACGCCAGGAGGCUCUGUCAGGUCAGAGCCAGGCCCAGGCUCCCCAGCUAUGUCGCUCACGUUCCCUCAGCUCCAGUACUGCGAUCAGCAGGGCGAGUGUGGAUCUGGGAGACUAUAGGUUCACCUGCGACCUUGCUGGCCCAAACAAACCCAAUCAUCGUGUCGUGAUGGAGAUCACCCUGCAGAAAGAGGUUGGCGUGGGUUUGGGAAUUGGGCUGUGUUGCGUGCCCUCAAGUGAAGGGUGCCCUGGAAUCUACAUUCACACCCUGUCGCCUGGCUCAGUGGCCCACAUGGAUGGCCGACUCAGGUUUGGUGAUGAGCUCAUCGAGAUCAACAACACGGUGGUCCAAAACAUGACAUUGAAUGAGGUCUAUACAGUCUUGAGCCAAUGCAAUCCAGGACCUGUUCAGGUCAUCGUCAGUCGACACCCAGACCUAAACGUCUCUGAGCAGCAGCUGAAAGAGGCCAUCGCUCAAGCUGUGAACAACAGCAAGCUGAAGAAGGAGAGCCAGUGGAGCAUAGAAGGCCCGAGGAAGCUGGAGCCCUGCUCCCACAGGAGGCAGAGAUGCGAGCGGUGCAUGGAGAGGAGUUUCAGUCAGCCGAACAGCUCACAGAGCCCAAGGGUGAUGAUCCGCUCAGGCAGCGACAGCAUCUACAGCCACCAGUCCUGCAGUUACAGCACACACCCUCCAUGUUCUUGUAGCAACAGCCCAUUCAACCACCGCCCCUGCAUAAACAUCAGUUGCCACUGUCAACUGUUGAAUGGCAGCACAAGCAACAACCAGAGAGGGAGAGAAAGCACUGAACACCAAUGCUGCUGGCGGGAGGGUGGCUCUACCAGCAACAACACCGGUAUGCAUCACUGCUGUGGCAACAGAAGGUGUAUCCAUCAAACUGGCAAUAAUCGCACCCACAACCUUGCCUCCUUCAGCAAUGGCACCUACUGCCACAGUCACAGCUGUGAGGACCAGCCAGACACCCAACACACCUGUGACAAUCACACUGCUAACCAGCACUGCAGUGAGAGCUCCUACAAGUGUCACAAGUCUGCAGACAGCACAUCUGUUCACCAAACCUGCAGGAUCACUGUGCAUGAACGUGCAAACUUGUAUCCACAUCCCGACCUGAGGACCCCACCCCACCGAGUUCCAGCCCUCGCAACGCCAAAGUCCGAGAACCGGCUCAACAGCGGACCACCACUGCACUGCGCAGAUGAUGGCUAUAGCGACCCACACAAGUCUAGCAAGUACAGUCAGUCUCCUCUGGCUCAGGUCAUCCGGUGCACUAACAGUUCCAAGCCCAAACUCCGAAGCUCUCCCCAAGGGCACUGUAAACUGCAAGAUGUGUCCCUGGAUGAUACAAAGGAAUCUGGCAAGGACACCUUGCAUAAACAAGAAAUUUGGAACGCAGUUCAUUCCAAACAUCAGGACUCAUGGAGGGAGCGUUCCAACACAGCACACAGCCUCCUCGCUGUCUCUCCUGCCUCAACCCAGCAUUCGACCUGGGGACGAGCAACACAAGGCAUCGAGUCCCCUCGUUUCGAGUUCUCCCAGAACAGGAGGUCUGUGCUGCAAAGGCAGGCUCACGUGGAGCUGCCUCUUGAGUCUCCAGUCCCGGACGCCCUGGUCAGACUGCGUGAAGUGUCUGAGGACCAGCAUGACCAUGUCGCUGUGGGUCUGGAGAGCACUCAGACUGCACCCAUUGGAUCCCCUCUACCUGUGAACCCUUACCCAGCUACUGCCCCCUCGAUUACAGUUUCCACCCUUGGCCACGCAGCCAUCACCAUUGCUGGCUCUUCCCCUGUCGCCUCCCUCCUUGAACUGGAGUCUAAGAUGCCCAAUAGAAAGAGAGGUCCACCCGUGCCACCUAAGCCCAUUUGGAUUCCACAGAGUCUGAGAGGUGCGAGAAAUGGCAGGUUGCCAACAUUGACCCCUAAAACGCCCCCUGACAUGGGCAGAGUGUUUGGAAGCAGUUUACGUGACACAAUUCAAACUGCAAACCUGUCCAUCAAACAGAAGAUUCAUGCGUUUGUGAGCCCCAGUAGGUCCAAAGCACCGGGGAGAGCCAGCAGCAGGUGGGGGUCCAAAUGCGAUGGGGAAAACAUGGGAGAGACUCCCUCCUUUAGCCAGCAUGUGACCCAGGAGCUGCUCUCCCCUCUGCACUCUCAGCUCCCAGACCCCAAAUCGUGCUUCCGUCACACAUGCGCACCCCUCGCAGGGUCACCUUGGGCUGGACCUGAAAAGACACCCCCAGACACCAACACCAGGGGAUUGAGUGUCGUUGGGGGAAGAGAUGCGAGAAUGGACCGAGAGCCUGGUGUGCAGCCUUCUUCGUCUCCCCAUCCCUGCACCCACUAUGGGAUCUUAGGGUUUCCAGCGCAGGGUGUGGAGAAGAUAAGGCCGAAAGCCAAGGCCUUGGACGUCGACACUGUUCAGCUGCCUGAAGACAUCCACAUUGUGGUUCUACCCAAAGAGGAGACUGCUGACCUGGGCAUCGCUGGUGGAUCGAACCUCGAGCACAAAGCCAUUGUUCAGACAGGAUGGGAUCAGGAGGGGACCAUGGAGACGGGGGGUGUGCUGCUGUCCAUCACCGGGAGGUCACUAGGAGACAUGUCAAACAGUGGCAUCCCCAUGGCAACCCUACAGAAUGCCAGGAUGGCAAUGCCGACAGUGAUCACACGUAAACAUAGACCAGCAAAGUGUGUCACAGGUGACUUCACUUAUACUGUAAACCACAGCCCCACAGAUGUAUCGUCCUUAUCUGAAGAAAGAUGUCAGCAAAUAGAUGUGUUUACUUGUCUUCCUACAGGUGGCACCACAGAGCAGAGCAUACCAUGAAAUGGUCUUGAGAUGACUUAGAGAAGGUUCAGAACUCCUCU